CAGCCCAUCGCAGGACGGGGUGGUUUAGGCGAUCGAUAGCUCGGCGCUCGUCCCGCCGCCUUGUCCCACUUCUCUCGGCGAUCGGCGCGUUCCUCCCUCCUUGCUGGCCGAGGUCGAGGGCAGCGGACGCUGAUUAUACUUUGAACUAUGGAGGAGAGCAAUCAGGAAUGACAAGAAAAACCUAGGAAGUAGUCAUGUUGGAAGGUUUGGUAGCCUGGGUCCUUAACAACUAUCUAGGCAAAUAUGUCAGUAACCUGAACACAGACCAGCUGUCAGUAGCCCUCCUAAAAGGUGCUGUGGAACUGGAAAAUUUACCAUUAAAGAAAGAUGCCUUGAAGGAAUUGCUGCCAUUUGAGGUCAAAGCUGGCUUCAUUGGCAAGAUCACUCUGCAGAUACCCUUUUAUCGCCCACAUGUGGACCCGUGGGUGAUAUCAGUGUCCAAACUACACCUGAUUGGAUCACCUGAGAAGCAAGGAGAUUUUGAUGAAGAAAGAGAGAGGCUGUUGGAAAGAGAAACCAAGAAGGCAGUCUUAUUCGCACUGGAAGAAAAAUGGAAAAAAGAACGGGAGCAGGCAGCAGAAUCUUACUGGUAUUCCGUCACUGCCUCUGUCAUUACACGCAUUGUAGAGAACAUCGAAUUAAAAAUCCAAGAUGUCCACUUAAGGUUUGAAGAUGACAUCACAAAUCCAUCUCAGCCCCUUGCGUUUGGAAUCUGCAUAAAAAACGUCUCUGCGCAAAAUGCUGUGAAUGAGCCGGUGGAAGAGCUAAUGAGGAAGAAACAGCUGGAAAUUGCUGACUUCAGUAUCUAUUGGGAUACUAGAUGCACUUUAAUGGGAGACUUGCCACCAGGGGAACUGCAGGAAGCCAUGGAGAAGAGCAUGGAGAGCCGGGAGCACAAUUACAUCCUGGAGCCCGUGUGUACCUCUGCCCUCCUCAAGAGGAACUAUUCAAAGGAGCCGCUGAGGUCACGACAUUCUCCGCGGCUCGAGUUCGACAUUCAGAUGGAGACGAUACCUCUGAAGCUCUCACAGGCCCAGUACCGGCAAAUAAUGGACUUCUUGAAAGAAUUGGAUCGAAAAGAGCGACAGCUUAAGUAUAGAAGAUGGAGACCCCAGGUUGCGGUGGCUGGAAACUGCCGGGAAUGGUGGCUCUUUGCCCUGAAUGCAAACAUCAAGGAGAUCAGGGAGCAAAGAGAACGCUCGUCCUGGCAAUUUGCGUUGCAUCGAGCCCACGAUGCCGUCUUGUACACCGAUCUGUAUUACAAGAAAUUGAAAGACGAGCCACUUUCUGCGGAGGAGCAGGAAGAGAUGGACCGGGUUGAAGACGAGCAAACUUUUGAGGAGCUGAAAAUCAUGCGCGAGAUAGUUUACAAACAGUUCCACGAGCUAGCUGAGAGCGUUAAGGAGCCCUUAUCUGAUAUCUCAGGAGGAGUUUCUGAUCUGGACACCCCCACUGCUUCCAGUAGCAGCAGGAGUCGUAGAAUGCUGCAGUACCUUCAGUCUUGGUUUCCUGGCUGGGGGGGCUGGAACAGCAACUCUCAGGAAGCCUUAGAAGCCGAUCCUUUUGAGGGGUUGCUCUCGGAGCCACCUGAACAUUGGAGGCCCGAGGAUGUUGCAGGUGCUGAUGAAUUUUUCGACCUGAGCGCCGACGUCUCUGACAUCAAGCACCCCUUCACCAAGAGGGACCAUGUCUUUGCCAAGUUAAAUCUCCAGCUGCAGGGCGGCUCCGUCACUUUGCUGCAUGCGGAGAGGCGGAGCCUUCGAGCCGAGGAAAGAGCUUUCAUGCAGCUGGAAUUUUCAGGCGUGACGGUCCUAGCAGAAUCCCUCCCUCGCAGAAAUUCAUCCCUUUUCAAAGUUCAGCCCAUGUCUUCCUCCCAUAGAUUCAGCCACGCCAGCUGAUCCAUGCUUCCUGUCCCAGCCUUCCCUGAACCUCAAAAGGAAGUUGGCUGCGUCUCUUCCAUUGGUCUCCAAACAUCUUCUUCGGACACGAGUAAUCAGAACGCUGCUGCCGACCCCGUUGUUCCAGUGUUUGAGAUGCUCUAUGAGAGAAACCCUGCCCGCAGCAGUUUUGAGAGGCGCCUAGAAGUCAGUACCAGACCGCUAAAUAUUAUUUACAAUCCACAAGCCAUUAAGAAAGUAGCUGAUUUCUUCUACAAGGGAAGGAUUCAUACCUCAGGUUUCGGAUAUCAGUCUGAGCUCGAGCUCCGGGUGGCCGAAGCUGCUCGGAGACAGUACAACAAGCUCAAAAUGCAAACCAAGGCAGAAAUCAGACAAACCAUUGACCGUUUACUGGUGGGGGACUUCAUCGAAGACAGCAAACGUUGGACCGUGUGCCUUGACAUAUCUGCCCCUCAAGUAAUCUUCCCUGAUGACUUUAAAUUUGCAGAUCCAGUUUUAGUGGUGAUUGACUUGGGAAGAAUGCUACUUACCAAUUCUCGAGAGGAGCAUAAAAGGAAGAGUCCAGAGGGACCGUCGCUGGAUUUGAGUGAACUGAGCGAUGAUGAAUACAUGACCCCACUCGCCACCCCUCCCAGCUCCCCGCCUCCCGAAGCCAGCGGUAGAAAAAACCCCGAGUUCGCGGGAGUCGAAAUCAGCGAAGAACAGCUUCACGCCCAUUUGAUGAGUAAAAAAAUGUACGAGACCUACAGCUUGUCGUUUAUGGACCUUCAGAUCAUGGUUGGGAGAGUGAAAGACAACUGGAAGCACGCUCAGGACAGCGAUGUCGGCCCGACGCAUGUAGUGGAGAAAUUCAAUGUUCACUUGCAGCUGGAACGCAGGUUGAUAUACACUUCAGAUCCCAAAUACCCUGGAGCCGUCUUGUCCGGGAAUUUACCAGAUUUGAAAAUACACAUCAACGAGGAUAAAAUAAUAGCCCUGAGUAACUGCUUUGGAAGGCUGAUUGCAUCUGAAACCUCGAGUUCUUCGCACGUAGGGAAAGAGAAGAUUUUCACAGGUCUGGACGAGCAUGGAACCUUGCACAGUUCGGUCAAGAAUUUAACCCAGAGCGUCAUUGCUGUAGAGCAGCACACAAAGGAAGUCCUUGUCGAAUCUCAGCUGCUUUUAGCAGAGUUCAAGGUGAACUGCAUGCAGUUGGGUGUGGAGAGCAACGGCCGUUACAUCUCGGUCCUCAAGGUUUUCGGCACGAACGCCCAUUUUGUGAAGAGGCCUUACGAUACCGAAGUCUCGCUCACCGUCCAUGGCUUGCUCUUGGUCGACACCAUGCAGACAUAUGGCUCCGACUUUGACCUCCUCAUGGCUUCUCACAAGAAUCUCCGUUUUGAUGCCCCAACAGGAAGCCUACGCGAUAGCAGGGCGCAGUCCCCCGCCGGCGGACCUUGCGAGGCAUACCCAAUGGAUAGAACAGGCUUGACGUUAGCACGGCCUUCACCGCUGAGUGACUUGCCUGGCACCUUUCCUCCCCAUGACGAAUCCUUAAUUAAACUGGAAUAUCAGUUUGUGAGUGCAGAAUGUCCAUCCAUGAACUUGGAUAGCACUCUCCAAGUGAUAUCGGUGCAGAUGAACAACUUGGAUAUCAUUCUAAACCCAGAGACCAUUGUCGAGCUGAUCGGCUUCCUCCAGAAAUCCUUCCCAAAGGAGGAUGACUCUAGCCCUCAGCCGUUAAUGACCGACUUGGAAAGAAGCUUCAGCGACCAAGGAUCCUUCCAGUCUACCUAUGCCCAAUGUACAGAAGUAGCAGUAGAUAUUCACUCAUUAAACAUACUUCUCCUUCGGACUAUUACAAUGGUCAAUGGAGAAAAAUUUGGCAGAAAGAUUGCAACGGCGAGCAUCGGGGGCACCAAAGUGAAUGUCUCCAUGGGCAGUAGGGUGGAAAUCAACGGGUCUCUGGGUUGUUUGCACCUUAUGGAUUUGACCCAGGAUAACAUUAAAAACCAGUAUGUUGUAAGUAUCGGGAAUACUGUAAGGUAUGAACAUUUCCUUUCUGACAUGGGUGACUUCAAGUCUGCGUUUCUCCAGUUCGAUGACGCCAGCAGUCUCCCGGAUGCUUUGAGCUUCACAUUUGCCGAAAAGUCACAAGAGGAAUGUUCGCUCCACCUUCGGAUGGCGUCUUUGCAUUACAACCAUUCGGCGAAGUUUCUGAAAGAGAUCACCUUAUCCAUGGACGAGCUCGAGGAGAACUUCUGCGGCAUGCUGAAGAGUGCGGCGACCAAGGUGACGACUGUCUUGGCCACCAAAACCGCUGAGUAUUCUGAAAUGGUAUCUUUGUUCGAUACGACGCCUCGACCGAAGGACUCCUUUUCCUUUGAAAGCAACGAAGGCGAGGAGCUCCCGCAACCGCGUCCCAAAAGCGAAACCAUCAAACUGAUUUUAAACAUCAACGUCGAGUCCCCAGUCGUAUCCAUACCCCGCAAGCCUGGAAGCCCCGAGUUGCUGGUGGGGCACCUUGGGCAAAUAUCCAUCCAGAAUUUCGUGGCCGGAGAGGACAGGUCGACGAGAGACCGGCUUCAGGUGGAGAUCAGGGACAUUAAGAUGUAUUCUCUAAACAGCAGUCACUUGGCAGGCAAGAGAGAAGUGGUUUCUGAGAUUCCACAUGCAAUGCAUCCUCCAGGACCUGCCAGCAGUCAGGAAGAUUCCCACUUCACUCGUCAUGAUUUCUUUGAGUCAUUACAUAAAGGUCACGCUUUUCAUAUUUUGAACGAUGCUACGAUCCAGUUCAGAAUGGAGAAGUUUCCUGUCGAGAGAGAUGCGGAGUUGACUUUCUUUAUAGCUGAGGAUGUUGAAACUUCAAGCAUUAUGAGAAUUGAGGGGAAGUUUGUUAACCCUUUGCAGGUGGUAUUGGCAAAACAUGUAUAUGAACAAGUUUUGCAGACUCUUGACAACCUAGUUUACACCGAAGAUCUGACAAGGCCCUCGUCUGCCUUCCCAUCCGCUGCUUAUCCCUCUUCCGGUUCUCCAUCUGCAUCGCUCCGAAGCACAAGCUCCGACUUCUCCACAGAUAGGAAGGAGAAUGGACUUUUCAGCCAUUCCAGUUUUUCCACUGUUUCAAGCAAAUUCAUUCCCAUCAAGGAAGUGCCGCAGUCUUUUACCCAGAUCCAAGCCAACUUCCAUAUAUCUGAGCUGCAGGUCCAGUUAAGUGGCGACCUUACGCUUGGAGCCCAGGGUCUGGUUAGCUUAAAAUUUCAGGAUUUCGACGUUGAGUUUACCAAAGAUCACCCUCACACCUUAUCCAUUCAGAUUGCCUUACGGUCUCUGCUGAUGGAGGACCUUCUAGAGAAGAAUCCAAAUUCUCUGUAUAAGAACCUCAUGGUGUCCCGCGGAGCACCCAAACCAUCCAGCUUAGCUCACAAAGAGUAUCUUUCCCAAUCUUGUCCCUCUGUUUCUAAUGUGGAAUAUCCAGAAAUGCCCCGUUCUCUCCCUUCACACAUGGAAGAAGCCCCCAAUGUAUUUCAGUUGUACCAGCGACCUACUUGCAUCUCCCACAAGAAACAAAAAGACGACGUGGAUUCGGGCUACCCCUUGACUCCCCCUCCUUCCCCUUCUGGAAACAAGCCAGGAUCUCCUUGUGGGAAGAGCGACUUUGAUGAUUCUUUGGUUCACAUCAACAUGUUGCUGGUAGACAAGAAACAUCCGGAGUUCUCUUCUCGUUUCGGCAAAAUCAACCGCAGCGUGGAUGUCGACUUCAACUGUCUGGAUGUCUUAAUAACUCUCCAGACCUGGGUGGUGAUUCUGGAUUUCUUUGGGAUCGGAUCCACCGCUGAGAACCACAGCAUGAGGCUGCAACCCGAAGACGUUCAGCAGGCGGUGAAGUCGGAAGCGAGCGUCUUGUCCGAUUUGGAAUUCCAGGAUUCUGUGAACACCAAACUGGACUUGAAGCUAAACCAUGGGUCCAUUCCCUUGGUCCUUUGGUCCUGGAAUAAAGGCGUACCACUGAGAUUGCUUCAUGAGUUGAACAUCUCCAAGCUGACCACCCACGUGGAAAUGAUCGAAGGUGACCUGGUGCUUCAAGGGAGCAUCGGCAGCUCUGUCUUGGGUAAUGACCUUACCGCACCGGGGAACUUUGCGACUGAAACGCUUUUACUCACCAAGGGGUGAAAAACGCUCGUCUUUCAGGAUCCCAUAAGUAAGUAUGUCCGCCCUGAUCCACUGCUGCAGAGAGAUUAUGACAUGCGCGUGAGCCUGCGGAUGGCUUCGGUGCAGUACGUUCACACCCAGCGCUUCCAAGCAGAGGUGGUGUCUUUCAUCCAGCAUUUCACUCUCAAGCUCCAGGACGCGUCUUAGCUUGCCAGAAACCCAGCGAUCGAAGAAGGGCGAGGCGGGUAUGCUUCUGUAAGAGACCAGGCCCAGCGGGCCUCCAGAGUGCUCCUGGACAUCGAAGCGGGCGCGCCUGUCCUCUUGAUCCCCGAAAGCUCCAAGUCCAACCACCUGAUCGUGGCCAAUCUCGGCAAGCUUAAAGUCAAAAACAGGUUCCUGUUUGCUGGCAGCCUAGGUACCUUCUCGCUGAAAGAUAAGCAAGAUUCGGCUCAGUUUUCUUCAUCCCCGGGGACCCCGAAACACAGCAUGAAGAAAGCGUCAAGUGCUGACGAAUCCAAGGCAGCAUCGAGUCCCUCAGAGGGGUUGUUUAUGAAAUUGCCAUCUUCUGGACCCAGUCUGAAGCUGAAAAAUGACCCUGCAGCAUCUGUUUCAACUAAGCCUCCUAAUCUACCCUCUUCGCCGGCACCGGACAGUCCAGAGGAACAUGUCUGCCUGUUAGACUGCAUUGUGGUCGAUCUGCAGGAUAUGGAUAUUUUUGCGGCCGAAAGAUUCCCCAGGGAAUAUUCGAAGGACUCGGAGGAAAGCAAGGUGGAUAUGACCUUCCCUUCCUACGUUGUCAGGCAGACGGGCAGAAGCCUCUUGGCUGACCCUUUCCGGCUGAAGCUGCAAGUGGAAAGAAACUUGGACAAAGAGAUAAGCCACUCUGUUCCAGAUAUCUCCAUUCACGGCAACCUGUCAUCACUGCAUUGUUUUCUGGAUCUCAGUAAAUAUAAGCUGAUCCGAGGACUCCUCGAGAAUAAUCUGGGGGAACCGAUAGAGGAGUUCAUGCGUCCGUAUGACUUACAAGACCCGAGAAUACACACUGUGUUGAGUGGAGAAGUGUACACCUCCGUGUCUUUCCUUAUCGACAUGGUCAACGUCAGUCUGGAACUGACAAACCCCCAAGGAAAGGAUGGUUCACUAGCCAGGUUUGACUUCAAGAAGUCCAAAUUGCUCUUUGAGAGUUUCUCAAACCAAACCAAAUCCACAAACUUGGUCUCCCAUUCCAUGAUGGCGUUUGACACGCGAUACGCCGGGCAGAGGGCGUCUUUGGGGAUGCCGAACGUGUUCAAUUGCAUCUUCCAGUCAUCCAAGAACACGAGCACCCAGGGAGCAAUUCAGAUCGAGCUUCAUUACAGAUCUACCAAGGAUUCCUCCUGCUUCACCGUUGUCCUGAACAACCUUCGCGUGUUCCUGAUAUUUGACUGGCUCGUGCUCGUUCACGACUUCAUACAGACGCCCAGCGACACCAAGAAGCCGCCCGACCUCACCCCUUCCCGGCAGCGCACCUGCAGCGCCGAAAUGGCCAUUAUUCCCAAAGCAGUGAAGUGCGGGAUCGUCACCAAACGUUCUUCCCUCCAGAUCUCUGCCGAGAAGCAGCUGGAAGUCAAGAUUAAUGUGACGGGUACGGAAUUUGUGGUGGUUGAAGACAUGUCCUCUCUGGAUACUAGUGCCAUUAUUCUGAAGGGAACCACAGUUCUAACUUACAAGCCCAAAUUGGUGGACCGGCCUUUCUCGGGCAGUUUAUUCGGCAUUGAGGUUUUUUCAUGCCGGCUGGGAAAUGAGCAGGAAACGGCCCUUUCUAUUAUCGAUCCCGUACAAAUCCAGGUUGACCUUGUGGGCAAUUCUUCCUAUCCCAGCGGGUCUGGAUUGCUGGAUGCGUUCAACAGCGAAGACUUCCCUCCUGUCUUAGAGAUCCACUUGCAAGCGCUGGACAUCAGAUUGUCUUACAAUGACGUGCAGCUGUUUCUGGCGAUAGCCAAGUCCAUUCCUGGCCAGACCAGCAGCGCUGUGCCUGAUGCUUCUGCCUCGGACGGCAGAGCGUCUGUUUCUGCUCCUGCUGCUUCGGUAAAAGAGGUCCUGGGACUAGCCUCAGAAACCACAGAUGCUGCGAAACACACUCUGGAUCCAGUCCUCGAGUUACAGCUGGCCCGACUACAGGAACUGGGAUUCAGUGUCGAUGACUGCCGCAAAGCUCUUUUGGUGUGCCAAGGUCAGCUGAAGAAAGCGGCAAGCUGGUUGUUCAAGAAUGCCGAACCGCUGAAACGCGUGCCUUCGAACUCGAGUCAGCAGGAGAGUCAGGGCUCCGUGGCCCUGCACUCGAUUUCCGGGGUGGAAAUUAAAGCCGAAAGCAUCUGUAUUUGCUUCAUAGAUGACUGCAUGGACUGCGACGUCCCCUUAGCUGAGCUGACCUUUUCACGUCUGAAUUUUCUCCAGCAUCUGAGAGCCACCCCUGAAGGCUAUGCUCAUUUUACACUCUCUGGAGAUUAUUAUAACCGUGAGCUUUCCGGCUGGGAACCGUUCAUUGAGCCCUGGCCGUGCUCCCUAACUUGGCAGCAGCAGGUGGCCAGUCGCCUCCACCCCUCGCGGCUGAAGUUGGAGGUGAAAACGAAGCAUCACUUGGAUAUCAACAUCACUUCUGUGUUAAUUGAGCAAUAUGCCAGCACCAAACAGUCGUGGAUGGCGGAUUACUGCAAACAGGAGAAAGAAACCGAGGCCAUCGAAUCUGAAGAAUGGAUGGGCUCAUCGGUCGAUCCUCCAUCGCUUGGACAGGGCCUUCCUCUAGUCUACCUUAGAACUAGAAGCACAGCCAGUCUGACUAAUCUAGAGCACCAGAUGUAUGCUAGAGCUGAGAUGAAGGCUCCUAAGCGUCGACACCCCUUCGUGCCAUUCGCCCUGCGGAACCACACCGGCUGCACUCUCUGGUUCGCCACUUUAACCACCACCCCAACCCGUGCUGCACUGUCGCACAGCGGAAGCCCCGGAGUCCUCCCGGAGGAAAACGGCACGUUUCUUGACGAUACGCACAAAGUCAGCGAGUGGCAGGAAGUCCUGACCGGCGAAGAGGUUCCAUUUGAGUUUGAAGCCAGAGGGAAACUGCGGCACAGGCAUACUCACGACUUAAGGAUUCAUCAGCUGCAGGUGCGAGUAAACGGCUGGGAGCAAGUCAGUCCGGUGUCAGUGGACAAAGUGGGAAUUUUUUUCCGCUAUGCGGCCCCUGACAAGAGCACAUCUUCAUCUACCGUUGGCAGCCCCAUUAAUAGAACAAAUAUCAUCCAUCCGCAUGUUUACUUCUCUUCAUUGCCUCCAGUCCGAGUGGUCUUUGCGGUCACCAUGGAAGGCAGUGCCCGGAAGGUGAUCACAGUUCGCUCGGCCUUGAUGGUGAGGAACAAGCUGGAGAUUCCCAUGGAACUGAGGCUUGACAGCCCUUCUGCUCCUGACAAACCCGUUGUCCUGCCUUCAGUAAUGCCAGGGGAUUCCUUUGCUAUACCACUGCAUCUGACCUCUUGGCGCCUGCAGGCCAGGCCAAAGGGAAUGGGUGUCUUCUUCUGCAAGUCCCCUAUCCACUGGACGAACGUCCAGAAGGCCUCGGAGGUCAGCAGCAGCAAAAGAGAGUGCCACUCGAUGGAGUCUGAAAACAGUCGGUUCUUCAGGUUUUGUGUCGCUAUCAAGAAGGAGAAUUAUCCCGACUACAUGCCCUCUCACAUAUUUUCCGACAGUGCCAAGCAGAUUUUCAGGCAGCCCGGGCACACCAUUUACCUCUUGCCAACCGUGGUGCUCUGUAACCUUCUCCCGUGUGAGCUUGAGUUUUAUGUGAAAGGGGUGCCCAUCAGUGGGACAUUGAAACCUGGCAAAGAGGUGGCAUUGCACACGGCUGACACUUCGCAGAACAUUGAGCUUGGAGUCUCCUUGGAAAACUUCCCACACUGCAAAGAGCUCUUGAUCCCUCCCGGAACACAAAACUAUCUUGUGCGGAUGCGGCUGUACGAUGUCGGCAAGCGCCUGUUGAAUCUCACCAUCCGGAUUGUGUGCCAGGCCGAAGGGUCCUUGAAGAUAUUUAUCGCUGCCCCGUACUGGCUUAUCAACAAAACGGGGUUGCCCCUAAUCUUCAGGCAGGACAACGGUAAGGUCGACGCGGCUGGCCAGUUCGAAGAACAUGAACUAGCCCGGAGCCUGAGCCCUCUCUUGUUCUGUUAUGCCGACAAGGAGCAGCCAAACCUUUGCACGAUGAGAGUCGGGAGAGGAAUCCAUCCUGACGGCAUGCCGGGCUGGUGCCAGGGCUUCUCGCUGGAUGGAGGCAGCGGCGUGAGAGCACUUAAAGUGAUCCAGCAAGGAAACCGACCAGGCCUUAUUUACAAUAUCGGAAUUGACGUGAAGAAGGGCAGAGGCCGCUACAUCGACACGUGCAUGGUAACCUUUGCACCUCGCUACCUGUUGGAUAACAGAUCCAAACACAAGCUUGCCUUUGCACAGCGGGCAUUUGCCAGGGGACAGGGCUCUUCCAACCCCGACGGCUACAUCUCUACUCUCCCUGGCUCGAGCGUCGUCUUCCACUGGCCUCGCAACGAUUACGACCAAUUGUUGUGCGUUCGGCUGAUGGAUGUUCCCAACUGCAUCUGGUCCGGAGGCUUUGAAGUCAACAAAAAUAAUUCUUUCCACAUCAAUAUGAGGGACACGCUUGGGAAAUGCAACUUUUUACGAGUAGAGAUCACUCUAAAGGGAGCCACGUACCGCGUCUCGUUCAAUGACACCGAUCAGCUGCCACCUCCAUUCCGCAUAGACAAUUUUUCUAAGGUCCCCAUUGUUUUCACGCAGCUCGGCGUGGCGGAACCACGGCUCAGCACGGAAGUUAAGGCGAUGACCUCUUUGGACUACGCCUGGGACGAGCCCACGCUGCCGCCCUGCAUCAAUCUGACCGUCAAAGGAGCCGGCUCUUCCGAAAUCACAUGCAGCAUGGAUGACUUUCGGGACAGCAAGCAGCUGUAUUACGAGAAUUUCAUCUACAUCGCUGCAGCGUACACGUUCUCUGGCUUGCAGGAAGAAAGCGGGAGGCCGGUCACUUCAAACAAGGAGGUGGAUUGUGCCGAGCUUGUCCUUGACGUCUCUCCGAAGACACAGAGAGUCAUUUUAAAGAAAAAGGAGCCGGGGAAGCGCUCUCAGUUGUGGCGAAUGACCGGCACUGGCAUGCUUUGCCACGAAGGCUCUGCGGUCCCCCACCAUCCAAACAAGCCCUCCCCUCCUCGCUCAAAGGAGUCCUCCAUGAUCUUGGACAUCGCCGGCCUGGCAGCCGUCACCGAUAACAGGUAUGAGCCACUGAUGCUGAGAAAGCCAGACAGACGGCGGAGUACAACGCAGACAUGGAGUUUUCAUGACGAAAAGCUGGUCUGUGGCAUGCAUGGGCUUGUUGUCCAGACCAAAGGAGGGCAAGCUGGGCUUUGCGACGGGGCAGAGGUUGUUCUCGGUCCAGAUACUUCCCUGGAAACAUUAAGCCAGGUUCCACCGGAGCAGCAGUUCAUCAAUCAGAAGAUGAGGCCCGGCUCCGGCAUCCUCAUAGCUAGGGUCAUUCCAGAUGGGCCGACCCGAGUUUUACAGAUAACAGACUUCAACCAACGCAGAAACGAUCGUUUCUCGUACGAAGGGGACGAGGUGCUGAUGCUGGAGCAAGACCUAUGGAAGCUGAAGAAUCCAGAUGCGGAGCAAGAGCUGGAAGUUCAAUUGAAAUUGGAAGGCGGCAUUGGUUUGUCUUUAGUAAACAAAGCCCCGGAAGAGCUGAUAUUUGCAAGUUUCACCGGCAUUAGUGUCCAUUUCACCCAGCUGUCCUCUAGUCAAGUGCUUGAACUAAGCAUACAGGAUGUGCAGGUGGACAACCAACUCAUCGGGACCACUCAACCUUUCAUGCUUUUUCUGACCCCCAAAACCAGCGAAAACGAAGCCGCUGAAACAGGCCCGGCCGUUCAGUUAAACGCCAUGAAAUUUCCCAGUAAGAGCCCUUUAACUGAUCUAUACAAGCACCUGAUGAUCACGGCUCGCAGGUUUACCGUCCAAAUCGAGGAGAAACUGUUACUUAAGCUUCUGAGUUUCUUUGGCUAUGAUCAAACUGAGUCAGAGGUUGAAAAUUAUGACGAGAACCUGCAUGAAAAGCCGGUCGAUCAAGGAGCCCAGAAGCGGUACUAUUUUGAAAACCUCAAGAUCAGUGUGCCACAGAUAAAGCUGAGCGUCUUCACUUCCAGCAAGCUUCCCCUGGACCUCAAGGCGUUGAAGAGCACCUUGGGCUUUCCCUUGAUCAGAUUUGAAGAUGCCGUGAUCAACCUGGAUCCCUUCACCAGAGUCCACCCUUAUGAGACGAAGGAGUUUAUCAUUAACGACGUUUUAAAGCACUUUCAAGAAGAAUUGCUCAGCCAAGCUGCAAGGAUCCUGGGCUCUGUAGAUUUCCUGGGCAACCCGAUGGGCCUCUUGAACGAUGUUUCGGAAGGCGUCACUGGGCUGAUAAAGUAUGGAAACGUUGGUGGCCUCAUCAGGAACGUCACCCACGGAGUGUCAAACUCUGCUGCAAAGUUUGCUGGGACUUUGUCAGACGGUUUGGGGAAGACGAUGGACAAUCGGCAUCAGACAGAGCGAGAGUAUAUCCGAUACCACGCUGCCACGAGCGGGGAACACCUCGUGGCUGGCAUCCAAGGAUUAGCUCACGGCAUCAUCGGUGGGUUGACCAGCGUGAUCACUUCGACUGUAGAAGGUGUGAAAACCGAAGGGGGCGUCAGCGGCUUCAUCUCUGGCUUCGGGAAAGGAUUAGUCGGGACCGUAACCAAACCAGUGGCGGGCGCCCUGGAUUUUGCUUCUGAAACGGCUCAAGCCGUGAGAGACACAGCCACUCUGACUGGCCCCAGGACGCAAGCCGAACGAGUCAGAAAGCCGCGGUGCUGCAGGGGGCCGCAGGGACUCUUGCCCCGCUAUUCCGAGAGCCAGGCCGAAGGGCAGGAGCAGCUUUUCAAGCUCACGGAUAACAUUCAGGAUGAGUUCUUCAUCGCUGUGGAGAACAUAGACAGCUACUGCGUGAUCAUUUCCUCCAAAGCUGUUUAUUUCCUCAAGAGUGGGGACUAUGUGGACCGAGAGGCCAUUUUCCUGGAGGUCAAAUAUAGCGACCUCUACCACUGCCUUAUCUCGAAGGAUCAUGGGAAGGUCUACGUCCAGCUGACCAAGAGAGCUGUGAAUUCAAGUAGCGGCGUGUCCAUGCCCGGCCUGUCACAUCAGAAGCCCAUGGUCCACGUGAAGUCCGAGGCCCUCGCGGUGAAGUUGUCUCAAGAAAUCAACUAUGCAAAGAGCCUUUUCUAUGAACAGCAGCUUAUGCUAAGAUCUAGCGAGCAUCACGAGCAACUGGAGUUGGACUCGUGACCCCCGCAGAAUCCCCGAGUGGAGGACUUUUUCCCCUCUUCUCAAUAAAAGGCAGCGAGAGCCGCCGGUUGUUAGAGUGUGUGUUCUGUGAGGCUAGAAAGCCAAGACUGUGAAAACAAAUAUCCUCUGUAACAUGAGGCACUACAGAUUGAGAGUGAAACACAUUUGAAACACAUUUAGCUAUAGGAAAAAGCCCUGUAUUUUCUUACCAUUGGUGUGUGUAUAAAUACUUAUACAUAUAUAUAUAUAUAUGUAUGUAAGUAUGUACAACUGUCUUUAGUGUAAAUAAGGAAAUAACACAGGUUGCUAGGGUGUAUAAAGGUUUAUUCUGUGUAAAGAAAUUAAAGGAAAGGUUUUAUCGAAUCUCUUACUGCACUGAUUUGCAAGCCUUUGAAACAGCACAUUUUCCGGAGAGAUGAGAAAAGACUGUAAAUGGAGGGUCUGCUGGAAUGCCUUAGCUUAGAGGAUCAGUUUGGUUACAGACAUUGGUGGGUGAUCUGCAAAGGUCAAAAUGGGUAGUGCCUGUUGUUUUUUCAGUGUCCUUCUAGAGAUUGGAUCUUUCUUGUCUUCCUGUUUACCCGAUGGAUUUACUGCCUUUCACCCAAACAUCUUGGAAGCGCACAGAUAGGGUCUCCCUCCAGAUAUUUAAACAGACAACGGUCUUCACUUCACAAAAUCCUGCCACUGGUAAAACCAGCAUGUACCAGGAAACGAAAAUUUGACGCAACAUGGGAAAACUCCUCUCCCCACAGCUAAGUAAUUUGUGAGAUUGUGAAAAAAAAAGGAAGUCAACAGGGGUAACCAGGGAUACUUUUUGUAAGAAACAUGCAACAUUAAGCCCUUUUUAUCAAGUGGAAUUGUGGGAGUAUUGGCCUUUAACAAAAAAGAAAAAGUCUCAGCUCUCUGACCCGGUGAAAAGACUGGAUCCAACAAAAGCGAUAACUGCCCUUCUUGGGAAACAAACCAAGGCGUUUUUUAAAAAAUUUGAUACUACCGAUCUGUUGUUGAAAUUGCAGGAUUUAAUUGACGGUACUGCCACUUCUCUGACUUCAUGUUCUUUUGAUGAUGGUGAUGCUGGAAGGGACUAGGCAUUUCCACACAUGCUCAUUUGCUUCUUCUUCCCACCUGCUGCAAUCCCGGGGAAAUUUGUUGGCUUUAAGUAGGUUUCACUAUUGUAGCUGCGGUAGAGUCGACCAGGCAUCAACAGGAUGCCGAUUGUAACUUGUACCGUGCAGAACACUGUGUUUUAGCCACCCUUUUAACCCUCAGAAGUGUGGCCUACUCAAGUGGGACAUUCACCUCCCUCAACAGGCAUAACCUCUAGGUUAAUCGAUCACAAAGAGAUGCUUUUUGGUUCCUCUGAGGGGACAGGUCUGCUUUGAGUUGGACGUGGUCAGGAAAUGCAGGAUAGAGGCAAAUCGGGUGUGUUUCUGAGUCACAGCUCUUCCAAAGUGAGGCUUCUCCAUCUGCCCUUUCCUAGGGCCAUUCUAUCCGCAGGGCAUUUUCAUGCAUCCGCAGGAGGUAGCAUGCAGCUGCAUCAUCUCAGCAUAACAUAAGGUGUGGAGUUGAACUCAUGAGAUCUGUGAAUGCCUCUCCCCUCCAUGAGGGUCUCAGAUGGACCGGUGCUUGAGUUUUGCAGACAGUUUGGGAUGCAGCCGUCUUCCACAUACUCACCUUUGUAUAUUUUCUCUGUGUUACAUUGGCAGUCCUAAAGGGCUUCAGUUGAAUCGUUCAGCCCCGUUUUCACUUCAUUGCUGCUUGCUGAGGACAUUGUCUGGGUCCCAGAAUUUAUAAGCUUGAUCCCUGUGAGGGUGCAAAAGAAAAGAUGAUGUUAAUAAAGAAAAUCCAGAAUGUAUGAAUCAGCAGAAGAAA